AUGGGAACUCUGAUUGACCGUUUUGAAGAUCAUGACGGCCCUGUUCGGUGUGUUGCUUUCCAUCCAACACAACCAAUCUUUGUUUCUGGUGGUGAUGAUUACACCGUUAAAGUUUGGUCCACACAAACCAGAAAAUGCAUGUUCACCUUAACGGGUCAUUUGGAUUAUGUAAGAACUGUUUUCUUCCACAAUGAGUUACCUUGGAUUAUUUCGGCAUCUGAUGAUCAAACAGUCAGAAUUUGGAAUUGGCAAAAUAGAAAGGAAAUUGCUUGCUUGACAGGUCAUAAUCACUACGUUAUGUGUGCGCAAUUCCACCCAAAACAAGAUUUGAUUGUUUCGGCCUCAUUGGACCAAACUGUUAGAGUCUGGGAUAUUUCUGGUUUAGUUAAAAAGCAUUCUGCUCCUUCUUCUUCUUCGCCUUAUGGUAACGGCUCGAUGAACCAGUUUGACCAGUACAAUAGAAACCAACCUCCUCAACAAGAUAUCUUUGGUAACACUGACGCGAUUGUCAAAUACGUUCUAGAAGGUCACGAUAAAGGUGUUAACUGGGCCUCCUUCCAUCCCGAAUUGCCAUUGAUUGUGUCUGGUGGCGAUGAUAGAUCUAUCAAAUUAUGGAGAAUGUCCGAAACUAGAGCUUGGGAAGUUGAUGGUUGUAGAGGACACACUAACAAUGUUCCAUGUGUUUUGUUCCACCCAACUGAAGAUUUGAUCAUCUCCGUUGGCGAAGACAAGACUAUCAGAACUUGGGAUUUAAAUUCCAGAUCUCCUGUCAAGCAAUUCAAGAGGGAAAACGAUAGGUUUUGGAUGGUUGUUGCACAUCCAAACAUUAAUUUGUUUGCCGCAUGCCAUGACUCUGGUGUGAUGGUUUUCAAAUUGGAUAGAGAGAGACCUGCAUCUACCAUCAAUCCGUCUACCCAAGAACUAUUCUUCAUCAAUAAUGAUAACCAAGUCCAGAAAUACAAUUUUGGUUCAAAGGCUACAUCUUUACCUUUACUAUCAUUAAAGAAAAUAGCAUUACCAUGGAAUAAAAUUAGGAAUAUAUCUUACAACCCUUCAGAAAACUCUAUGUUGAUUCAAGUUGGUGACAAUGACAAUGGAGUUUACUCUUACUUUAAUUUACCAAAGGAAGUUGUCGGUGCUUUGGAACCUUCCAUUAGGGGGGAAGGUAAGGCAAAUUCUGCUUAUUUUAUUGCAAGAAAUAGGUUUGUUACAUUUUUAAGAUCAUCUCAUAAACUAGAUGUUCAUGAUUUAAACAAUAACAUAACUAAAUCUAUUACUUUGGAUAGUGAUGUCAAAGAUAUUGUACCAGGUAUACCUGGUUGUGUCCUUUUACUGAAAGGUUCCAGUGUGGUCCUCUUUGAUGUUCAGCAGAAGAAGGAAUUGGGCACAUUACAAAUGAAUAACGCCAAAUAUGCUGUCUGGUCAAACGAUCACCAACAUUUGGCUUUGCUAUCCAAACAUACGAUUGUUAUUGUUAACAAGAAGUUUGAAACUGUCAUGUCUAUGCAUGAAACUAUCAGAAUCAAAUCUGCGGCUUGGGAUGAUACAGGAGUAUUAUUAUAUUCUACAUUAAACCAUAUAAAAUAUGUUUUAUUGAACGGUGAUAGAGGUACAAUCAAAACUUUGGAAAAUACAUUGUAUAUUACCAAAGUUUCUGGAAACAGCUGCUAUUGUUUAAAUAGAAAGGGUGAAGUUGAAGCCUUUACCAUUGAUCCAACAGAAUACAGAUUCAAAAAAGCACUGAUCAACAAAAAGUUCAACGAAGUUUUGAGAAUCAUCAGAAAUUCCAAUUUGGUUGGAGAGAAUAUUAUUGCAUAUUUGAAGAAAUCAGGUUAUCCAGAAGUGGCGUUGCAAUUUGUUGAGGAUCCAGAAAGUAGAUUCGAUUUGGCAAUAGAAUGCCACAAUCUGGCAAUUGCUCUUGAAGAAGCAAAUAAAAUUGAUUCCAAACCGAUUUGGGAAAGAUUGGGUAAAGAAGCCCUGAUUCAAGGUAACACCCAAGUAACUGAAUUGGUUUACCAAAAGUUACACUUAUUAGACAAAUUAUCAUUCCUUUACCUAACCACAGGUGAGAACGAUAAGCUCAAUAAGAUGGCAAAUAUUGCAGAAGCACGUGAGGAUAUUGGUUCUUUAUUCACCAACUCGAUAUACUUAGGUGAUGUCGAACGGAAAAUUCAGACUUUCAUAAAUGCUGGUCUAACUCCAUUAGCAUAUGCAACUGCAAAAUCUAGUGGUUUGGAAGAAUUAGCAGAUUCCAUUCUUGAACAAUCUGGUUUGUCUAUUGAUGAUGUCUCUUUACCAAAGAAUAUUACUAAAAAACCACUUGGUGUCUUGAAACCAGUUAAUAAGUUCGUUGAAAACUGGCCACUAGGUGAAGCGAAGUUGUCAUUUUUUGAACAAGCACUCUCUGGAAAUUUUGAGGACUUGUCGAUUGAAGAAUCUAAGGUUACUGAGGAUAACGCCAACGAAAUUAUGGAUGAUGCGAUUGAGUACCAGGACGAUGAUGAGCCAAUUGAUGAUGGUGAUGCGUGGGAUCUAGGUGACGAAGAACUCGAUGUUGAUUUAGAUGUGGAAGAAGAACUAGAAGAAACAAAUACAGAUGUUUCAAAGUUGCCAAAAGAGUUAAGAUCCUGGGUCAAAAAUGCCAAAACCCCAGGAGCAUACAUUGCUGCUGGUAAAUUUGAUGUUGCCGCUGGUAUGUUGAAUAAGCAAGCAGGUAUUAAGAAUUUUGCACCAUUAAAGGAUAGAUUCAUGGAAAUUUACACAGCGUCUAAGCUAAACAUUUCCACCUUUGAUGAAGCUGGAAUCAAAACUAGUUUACCUGUCUAUAUCAAUGAUAUCGAGAAGGCUGAUGAAGCAGGAAAAAUCGUUGGUUUUGUGCCGGGGUAUGAUGAGCUGGAAAAUUUAGUCCAAGAAGGUUACAAACUGUUCAAGGCUAACCAAUUAGAAGAUUCAAUUCAAAUCUUCAGAAAAGUCAUUUACAUUAUUGCAACUUUAUCACUAAACUCUAAUGAUGAAGAGGAGAAAUGUAAAGAAAUAAUGAAUAUCUGUAAAGAAUAUAUUCUUGCUCUACAAAUUGAAUUGACUAGAAGAGCAUUACCUGCUACCGAAGUUAAGAGGAAUUUGGAAUUGGCUGCCUACUUUUCACAUAUGAAGCUACAACCUGCCCAUCGUUUAAACGCUUUGCAGGUUGCAAUGACACAAUCUUUCAAAGCCAAGAACUAUCACUAUGCAUCAUAUUUUGCCAGUGAGUUUUUGAAAAUAAUGUCUACUGGUUCGAGGGCGGAACAAGCUAAAAAGAUCCAGGCCAAGGCAGAUUCCAUUGCAACAGACGCUAUCGUUAUAGAUUAUGAUCCAUUUGCUGAUUGGGAGAUUUGUGCAGGUGAUUACGUUCCUAUUUAUGGUAAUGAUAUUGUACGUGAAAAGGUUCUUGGUGUUGGUUACGGUAAAUCCUGGAAAGGUAAGAUCUGUAAGGUCACCCAAAUCUCUGAAAUUGGAGGUGUCGGUAGCGGACUUCGUCUUAAGAACUAG